GGUGCACAAGUAAAUGAAAUGGAGUAACCCUUUCGAAACCUCCAGACUCUCCUCCAACCGAUUAAGCCGCAUCUUCCCUCCGAAUAAACAGACCCAUCGUUUUACCAAAAUCUCAAAUCGCAAAACAAAAUGUUCUUCUUCUUCGUCGGAGGGUUAGAGCAACAAGUCCGCCAUCUCUUGAAAGCCGGUGCCGGUCGAUGCAUAAGCUGUAACUCACCGGCCGAUCUCGUAGACUACGAAAAAGUUCUGAAGCUCUUCUUUGUUCCAGUGUGGCGGUGGCCGGGAAAAGAGCCGUUGAUGCACUGCAACAACUGUAAGCUGUUUUUCCCUCGGUCAUUCUCACCGCCGCCUAUUUCCGAUCAAUUGCCGCCGUCAGCCGCUCUUUUGAGGGCCCUUCGUUGCCAUUCCUGUAACAAAGUAGUGGAGCCCGAUUUCAGCUUCUGCCCUUUCUGUGGCUCUUCUCUGUAAAUUUACUUUUGUCUCAAAUCGUCUGGUGA